UGGAACAUUUACCGAUGCGGACACAGCCCUUAAACGCCGCUCCGGAGGCUGACCCCCGUUCAGUUUAUCCAAAACUGCUAAGCUACUUAUUUUUAUGGCGACGUGAAGGAAUAAAACAGUCGGGUAUGGUCUAAUUAGGAUGCGUGGAGCUGAUGGGUUCGCGCGGUUGUCCCAAACCUAAAGUUCAGCGCAGCAGUGUCAACUUAAGCUAACCCCGAACUAUCAAAAUGGCCUCUGGAUGCUGUCUGGGUCGGUGUGGCGCCGCGCAGCUUUGAUGCGUGGACGCGGCGCGGUCGUCCGUGACAGUCUGCAACAUCUCCAUCCAGCCCGCUGAGGGUGGAGGUCGCCGCGAUGCAAGCCAACACGACGCGCGGCUUCCUGUGGUCAGACGUGGAGACCCGGACUUUGCUGGACAUCUGGGGUGAGCAGGACAUCCAGGCGGCGCUGGAUGGGAACUUCCGAAACAGCUUCGUGUACCGAGACGUGGCCCGGAGGCUGGGCGUGAUGGGCUUCGACAGGACCCCGGAGCAGUGCCGAGUGCGCAUCAAGAGCCUGAAGAGGCAGUAUCUGCUGGCCAAGGAGGGGAACCUGCGAAACAACGGCCAGUAUCACAAGAUCAGUAAGUUUUACGGCACCAUGGAGAGGAUCCUGAGCAGCCGGCCGGCUCUGGACCCGCAGGAGUUCGUGGAGGGCGGCGCGGGCGUGGAGGAGACCGGGGAGGGCCUGGAGGAGGACGCAGAGGAUGCUCAGGAUGCUUACUCCGAGGGUGCAUUGGAAUGUUAUCCAGCCGAGACUGAAGUGAAGCUGGAAUAUCCAACUGUCCCAAUCCCCAUCCCGGUCAAAGUUACUGUGGGCACUUCAGCGAGACCGCCCAACAGCAGCCAGCCGGCCAGUAACCUGUCAGCCCGAGCACCCAAACGCCCCCGGAAGCGGCGCUCGAACUUCCCCAUGGAGAAAAUGAUGGAGCAGUUCCUGGAGCAGAGCGCCCAAGCCGAGGAGAACUUCUACCGACUGGAGGAGCAGCGCCUGCAGGCGGACGACCACCGCCGAGAAACCGAGCACGCCCGGGAGCUGCACAUGCUCCAGAUGCUCGGUCAGAUGUUCUCCAGCAUGUCCUCGGCCAGGGUCGCCGGCUCCACCGCUGCCGCCUCUCCCAGCAAACCGCCCCCUCCUUUCCGUCCUCCGGUCAUCUCCAGUGCGUCCCAGUCACACCUCAGGCGACCUUCAGCCCAAACAGACUGUUUCUCUCAGCAGAGCCAGUCGCUGAGCGCAGACCCUCAGGCAUUAGCUUUUGAGCGUUACUUCACUUUGGGCUCCCACAGAGGCAUGGAUGAAGACGUCUUCUCGCUGGUGAAGACCAUCGUUCCUCCACUGACCUCCAAAAAGCACAAAGGACAAGACGGCCGGAUCGGUAUCAUUGGAGGAUGUCAGGACUACACCGGAGCGCCGUACUUUGCUGCCAUCUCUGCGCUGAAAGUGGGAGCGGACUUGUCCCACGUGUUCUGCACCAAAGAUGCUGCCACUGUGAUCAAGUCUUACAGCCCUGAACUCAUAGUUCACCCGGUUCUGGACAGUCCAAACGCCGUGGAGGAAAUAGAAAAGUGGCUGCCAAGGCUUCACGCUGUUGUGGUGGGACCGGGUCUCGGCAGAGAAGACGUUUUGUUGAAGACAGCCAAGGAAGUUAUUGAAAAGUCAAAAGCAAGAGAUAUUCCAGUAGUCAUUGAUGCAGACGGAUUGUGGUUAGUUACCCAGCAACCAUCUGUGAUUCAGGGGUACCAGAAGGGCAUCCUGACGCCGAACUUCAUGGAGUUCACCCGGCUGUACGAAGCUCUGCACCAUGAGCCCAUGAAUGCUAGCGAUCGUCAGCGCAGCGUUCUGCAGCUCAGUGGAGCCAUGGGCAACGUCACCGUGGUGCUGAAGGGAGAGCAGGAUCUCAUUUCAGACGGUAGUAAAGUGUACUCAUGCAGCGUUGAGGGCAGUGGGAGAAGAUGUGGCGGACAAGGAGACCUCCUGUCUGGAUCUUUGGGAGUGCUGGCACACUGGGCCUAUGCUGCGUCGGAAAUGAGAGCAAGAAGCGUGAAUCCAUCUGUGGUGGCAGCUUUCGGGGCUUGUUCCCUCACCAGGUGGUGCAACAGUCAAGCUUUUCAGCAGCACGGCAGAUCCACCACCACCACAGACAUGAUCCAGGAGAUCGGCCCUGUCUUCAGGAAGCUCUUUGAGAGCUGAAAUGCUUGUAACAUAAAGUUAUGCAAUUGGUGUGUAAAUCUUUGGAUGUUCAGAAGAAAUGUUUUUAUUAUGUGGUUCACAAAAUAAAAGUGUUUAUCUCUUUAAAGUGAA